UUUACACAUUACAGAGUAUUCUAUAGAGCUUACAUGUGCUACCAGCUCUCCAUUCCACUUUGUUCGCUUAUCUAUCGAAAAAAUAUUCACCUUUAUUGGCUUUAACAGUUAUUCGACAUCAAUUACACUAGCCUUGAUAAUACCAAUAAAUGUGAAACAGAUCCAAACUGCAUGUCCAUGAUGGACAGUGUACAGGCAUGGUUGUCUGAGAUCCGCCUGGUGACGGAGACAGAGUGUAUGUCCGUGCUCCAGGGGAAGUCACUCUCGCAGGAUCUCCAACAUAGCUCAACAACACUCAUUAAAUUUGGUAUCGAUGCAGUGCGCAGUCAGUCACACAAUAUAAGCAAUGAAUUCUCCAAACUCUUCAAGUGUGUUGAGGGUGAGAAAUGGCGUCACGUGAAUCCCCUCACUGUACAAGUCACGUGCCACAUCCGCUCUCUCAUCCAGGAAUGUAACAAAUGUAUCCAUCAUACUCCAAACUUCAUACUCGAGCAACAAGAAGUUGUGAUGGGAGAAUGUGCCAAACUUGCCCAGCAGGUGGAAGUGUCAAUGUCAUCCAAGCCAAAGAUGUCAUCAGUAAAGAUCCCUCUGGUGAACCAGCUCACGUUUCUGGGUCAGUCGUUCAGUAGGUUCGUUGACAUGGCCCUUGGCUAUCUUGUACAGAAGCUGGUUGAGACCCUGGAUGAAUCUCACACUCCACUGGCCCUCACUAGCUGUAUUAGCACCGUGAUCAGUCUCGGUCUAGAGGGAGAACACAUGUGCUACAUACUUUCCAGGGAGGGUUGUAUACGAGCUUUGUUCGAGAUUAGUCGUACGGAUACGCUGGAGUUUGCCCAUGUGCAGUCCCUGCGUGCACUGGCUACGAUCUGCUGUGUGCCAGAGUCCAUCUUGGAACUUGAGAAGGAGGGUGGGGUAGACAUCCUCACAGAUAUCCUGUGCGAUGCCACAGUGUCUGAGGCAGUCCGGGGUGAGGCGGCUGGCGUGGUCGCACAGAUUACCUCCCCUUGCCUUGACAACUUCCAACACAUUGCAGGCUUCCUCGAAAAUGUGCAAGACCUACUCAGUGCUCUAAUAAACCUGUGUUUUGCAACAAGCUCCCACGAGACAUUCUUGUUGGGUGCCGCGGCGAUUGCCAACAUCACAUUUAUGGACAGUCAGACGUGUGAGAUUCUCCAGCAGCUAGACGCCCCACGGCUUCUCAUAGAGGCAUCCGCCCUGCCGAAGGCAAAAUCUCUGUUUGUCAAAGAUCAGAUAGCCACAGUUCUUGCCAACAUGGCCACAACAGAGCUUUCCCGCCGAGACAUUGUCGCCUACAACGGGAUCCCGCUGCUUAUCAACUUCCUACAGCAGCGGCCUGCUGGAUGUAAGCAGGAUGUGGAGAUCGCUGCGUGUGAACGACUUCAGCAGAAGGCAGCCAUCGCUCUCACACGACUCUGCCGAGACGAGAUGACCGCUCAAAUCAUUGUUGAGCUUCAGGGUAUUCCACGACUGGUUCAGCUGUGUCGAAGUAUUGAGGAGAGAAACAACAGUGAGGCUGUGCUUGUCGCUAGUCUGGCUUCUCUCCGUAAGAUCUGCUCUCUGUGUGAGAACCCAGACAUCACAACUGUUGACUACCACCAGUUGAUCAAACCUCGUCUCAUGGACUCCUUUCUAUUGUGCUCUCAAACAGAUGAGAACUUUGUGUGAUCAAAACUGUUGACUACCACUAAUCAAAACAUUUUGUGUGAUAACAAUUGUUGUCAGUCACCAGUUGAUCAAAUCACAUCUCAUGGACUCCUUUCUAUUGUGCUCUCCAUCAGAUUAGAACUUUGUGUGAUCAAAACUGUUGACUACCACUAAUCAAAAUAUUUUGUGUGAUAACAACUGUUGACUGCCACCAAUAGAAACUUUGUGUGAUAACAACUGUUGACUGUCACCAUUUGAUCAAGCCACAUAUCAUGGACUUCUUUCUAUUGUGCUCUCAAACAGUGAGAACAUUGUAUGAUCAAAACUGUUGACUGCCACCAGUCAAGGUACUUCGUGUGAUAACAACUGUUGACUGUCACCAGUUAUCAAACCAGAUCUGAUGGACUUAUGUUCUCAUAUGGAACUUUGUAUGUACUCCACAGGAAAUCUUCCAGAUGUUAGAUGAUAUUAGUUUAUUCUAUCGCAGGUUUACAUGUAGUAGCAGAUUAAUCUAUUCAGCAGUAUUAUUUGGUCAUAUUCAUGUUAUUGGUAAAUCAGUACGGGGGUUUGGUAUGCAACCAUGGUGUUAAAUAUCUGAUAUCUUUGAAUAUUUUUGUGUGAUAAAGUUAAGUUGGUUGUAUGCUGUAAGGCCUAUUUUUACAAACUGAUUACAUAUAUUAUAUUUUUAUCAUAUUUUUUAUGCAUUGUAAAAGUUGACUCCUCAAAAUUUGUCAGUGUUGUGGGUAUAAACAUGUGCUUCUAUAUACAUUAAUUGCCAGUAGAUGUACAAGUAUUAUUUGCAGUCUUAGCCAACCUGAUGUAAGUCAUCAAAUUCAUUUAAGAUAUUUUUUAACAAUGCCCAAAAGCCUAAUGUUCUUAUCAUUGUACAAUUUGAAUGCAAGGGCAAUUAUGCUGGAGAUUGUUUUUAUUUUGUUCAUGACCAUUUGGGAGAUUUAAAAUUCACGACACAAUUAUUUAAUCAUUUGAUAAUUUAAUAUUUCGCUAGGUUUAAAAUUUGUGAUAUGAUUGAUUUGUGAAAAUUGAACCCCCGCAAAAUUUAAACAAACUACAGUAAACAUAUAUCUAUGGCAAGAUUCUUUUAAAGGCCAAGGCUUGUGCUCAACUGUUGGCAGUACGGUAUUAAUUCUGUUAGUUCUUUUAUAUCAGAUAUAUAGUGAUAUAUUUUAAUAUUUAUGUUUUCUUUUUGCUCCUUAGACUUUCAUAGAAAAUAAGUCAAGCUAUUGUGAUAGCCUUGGUGUCGUCAUCUUGGUUGUGCAAAACUUUGAAGUGACACUCUUAUUCAAAAUCAAUACAUACACAUGUUUAACAAACAUAAAUUUUGAGUAAUGCACCUUUAACUACUUACUAAAUAAUGCAUUAAUGGAAAAUAUUAAUUACUGAUAACACGUUUGUAAUUCUCAGUGUAUUUAAAAGCUGAAAAUGAAAAAAAGAAUUAAAUGGUUGGUGAGUGCUAAAAGAUUUACUGUGAUCUGCUAUAUUCUCAUAAGGUAGAAAUACCGGGUUUUCUGUACCUUUUUUUCAAAUAAAACUCGGUAUCCUUUAUAAGAACCAUUGUUUUUGACAUUUAUUCAUCCUUUUUUGUAUAUUUAAACAUUAUUAAUUGUGGUAAAUCGUAUUUGGGAGUGAGAGUGCAUCUUUAACCUUGGCCAUGACUCAAAAAUCAUUAUAGAUAUUCAAGAAAACUCCAAUAUUAACAUGUUGCCAGGGAUAGCAAGCACUUGUACAGCAAGACCCAUAACCCUGGAUUAAAUAAUGAUAGAGUUAUGCCCCAUUUUCAACAGAAAAACAGCAGACGAACAUUGGUUGGUGUUUGCUCUUAAGAGCUCUUGUUGAGGAUUGCUUUACUGAUAUUGUCUCAGAUAUGUAGUGAUAAUAUUAUUUUUUUAUAUAUAAGAUGUACAUUUUUAUUUUUGAUGAUCUGUGUUUUGUUUUGACUGCCUUUUGAACAUGAUGUUCUAUAAUCAUUAUGUAUUAUACAUGAUUUCAAAUUUCUAUGGUUGAUUUUCAUAAUGUAGCUUCAGAAAGUAAUGUUUAAUAUAAAAAAAAAUGGGUUUGAAUCUGUAGAAAGCCAUCUUCUUUUUUCCUUUUUUUUGGUAGCACUAUUCUGCCCUCAUGGAGACCAGAAUGGGCAGCCUUUAAAAUACAUCUAGGUAUUCACCAGUUCUUUAUAUAAUAGAAGGUCUCAUUUCUUUACAGAGUUUGCCUUGCCUUUGUUUUUAAACUCUAAACAAUACUAGUGUCAUCUGAAACUACAGGUCUUGUAAGUUAGUUUUGAACAUACAUAUCAUUGAAACAAAUAAUAACUGCAUGUUUUUAUAUAUUUAUUUUACCAAAAAUAUGAUUUAUUGUGUUUUUAACAUAACAAUCCUAUACCGCAUGAUAUUUUUAUAUAUUUAUAUGUAUAUAAAUGAAAUUACAUUUUCUUACAUAUUCUAUACAUUCCAGAUUAUUUUUUAACAUAUGUAUAUUUUUCCAUUCAC